ACUCUCCUGUAUAAAUCCUCUGCUUCUGCUCCCACUUCCGCCACCGCCGGCCAUGUCCCCUCUCCCGCUUCUCCUCGCCCUCUUCCUCUGUAUCGCCGGCGCUUUAGCUUCCGGUGCCGGCCGGAAAACCUUCAUCUUCGUGGUAGACCACGAGUCCAAGCCCUCCGUUUUCCCGACUCAUAGCCUCUGGUAUGCCUCCGCAGUCUCCGACCCUACCCGCCUCCUCCAUGUCUAUGACACCGUCGUUCACGGUUUCUCAGCUUCCGUUUCUGACGAGGAGGCGGCCGCUUUGAGGGACCACCCCUCCGUGCUGGCUUCCUUUGAGGACCAGCCUCGGAGCCUCCACACCACCCGAUCGCCGCAGUUUCUCGGCCUGCGCAACCAGCACGGCCUGUGGUCCGAGUCCGACUAUGGCUCCGAUGUGAUAAUAGGAGUGCUCGACACCGGGAUCUGGCCGGAGCGCCGCUCUUUCUCCGACUUCAAUCUUGGUCCGGUGCCGGCUCGGUGGCGCGGCGCGUGCGAGGAGGGCCAGGGCUUUACGGCGGCGAACUGCAACCGGAAGGUCAUCGGUGCGCGGUUCUUCUCCAAGGGGUACGAGGCCACCGCUGGAACACUCAACCAGACUGCGGAGUUCCGGUCCCCCAGAGACUCCGAUGGUCAUGGUUCGCAUACGGCGUCGACUGCGGCAGGACGCUAUGUUUUUCAGGCUAAUAUGUCCGGCUAUGCGUCCGGAGUCGCCAAGGGCGUUGCCCCUAAGUCUCGCCUGGCCGUCUAUAAGGUCUGCUGGAAGUCGGGGUGCUUCGACUCUGAUAUCCUCGCGGCGUUCGAUCGAGCUGUUGCCGACGGAGUUGAUGUGAUAUCCGUUUCCAUUGGUGGCGGCUCUGUUCCUUACUACCUCGACUGCAUCGCCCUCGGCUCGUUCGCGGCCGCUUCCAAGGGCGUCUUUGUCGCCUCCUCCGCCGGGAAUGAAGGUCCGACCGGAAUGUCGGUCACGAACCUCGCCCCUUGGAUCACCACCGUCGGGGCCGGGACGAUCGAUCGGAACUUCCCCGCUGAGGUCAAGCUCGGGGACGGUCGGACGUUCUCCGGUGUGUCGCUGUACUCGGGCAAGCCCCUGUCCGGGAGCAUGUACCCUGUCGUCUACCCGGGCAGCAAUGGCGGCCUCUCUGCGUCGCUCUGUAUGGAAGAUUCCCUCGAUCCCAAUGCCGUGCGUGGAAAGAUCGUGCUGUGCGACCGGGGAAACAAUCCUCGCGUGGCGAAGGGUCUUGUCGUCAAGAAGGCCGGGGGCGUCGGAAUGAUACUCGCCAACGGGAUUGCCAACGGCGAGGGCCUCGUCGGAGACGCCCACGUCCUUCCGGCGUGCACGGUGGGGUCACAGGAGGGAGACGCCAUCAAGUCUUACGUCGCGUCGACUCCCAACCCCACCGCCACGCUCUCCUUCGGCGGGACGAUUCUCGGGGUGAAGCCCGCGCCGGUCGUCGCCUCCUUCUCCGCCCGCGGCCCCAACGGGCAGACGCCCGAGAUCCUCAAGCCGGAUCUCAUCGCUCCGGGCGUCAACAUCCUCGCCGCCUGGUCCGACGCCAUCGGUCCCACCGGCCUCUCGGGCGACGACCGCCGGACGGAGUUCAACAUCCUCUCGGGCACCUCCAUGGCCUGCCCGCACGUCGCGGGGGCAGCCGCGCUGCUGAAGGGCCUGCACCCGAACUGGAGCCCCGCCGCGAUCCGAUCCGCUCUGAUGACCACGGCUCGUAUCCAGAACAACCGGCUCCAGUCCCUCACCGACGAGUCGGGGAGGAAGGCCUCGACGCCAUACGAUUUCGGAGCGGGCCACGUGGACCUCUCCAGGGCGUUGGAUCCCGGGCUGGUCUACGACAUCGGGACCCAGGACUACGUGGGCUUCCUCUGCUCCAUCGGGUACGGACCCAGGACGAUCCAGGUGAUCACCAAGACCCCAGUGAGCUGCCCCGCCCGGCAGCACCAGCCGGAGGACCUCAACUACCCGUCCUUCGCCGCGGUGCUCGACGUCUCCCGCUCUCCCUCCGCCACCAAGACCUUCGUCCGCACCGUCACCAACGUCGGCCCCGCGACGUCUGUCUACUCCGCGAGGGUCAGUCUCUCGGACAACGGCAAGGGCGUCACCGUCUCCGUCCAGCCGGCGAAGCUCGCGUUCACGGCCGUCAACCAGAAGCUGAGUUACACCGUCUUGGUGACAGCGAACCGCCCGAACCUCUCCCCGGGCGAGUCGGACACGGUCUUCGGCUACGUGACGUGGUCGGACGGCGGGGUGCACGUCGUCCGGAGCCCCAUCGUCGUGUCCAGGAUGCAGCCCUUCUAAAACUAACGCCCCUAGGCUUGCGUGUAGGGAAGGAACGGAACGCGCGUGUGCUGCUGGUGCGUGCUCGACCCAGUUAGUAGUAAGUACCAUUUCGUUGGUAGCAGACACUAACUGACGGAGGGAGGAGGUGUGGGAGCCCGUGGCUUGACGACAGGGAUGGUACCGUGGGGUCCGCGUCCCCUUUCUUCCUUCCGAGAGACAAGGCUUGUGUGUGUGUGUAGGUGUAUGCGUGCUUGCACUGCGUGUAAAAUCGUGGUUAUAAAAAUCUGGUGUGUGUGAAAUUGAGAAAAGAGAUGUCUUCCCUUUUUUU